AUGCUGGUGACAGAAUAUGCCACAGGUUCCGAUACAAGCAUGCUGGUGACAGAAUAUGCCACAGGUUCCGAUACAAGCAUGCUGGUGACAGAAUAUGCCACAGGUUCCGAUACAAGCAUGCUGGUGACAGAAUAUGCCACAGGUUCCGAUACAAUCAUGCUGGUGACAGACUAUGCCACAGGUUCCGAUAAAAGCAUGCUAGUGACAGAAUAUGCCACAGGUUCGGAUGCAAGCAUGCUGGUGACAGAAUAUGCCACAGGUUCCGAUGCAAGCAUGCUGGUGACAGAAUAUGCCACAGGUUCUGAUACAAGCAUGCCGGUGACAGAAUAUGCCACAGGUUCCGAUAUAAACAUGCUGGUGACAGAAUAUGCCACAGUUUCUGAUACAAGCAUGCUGGUGACAGAAUAUGCCACAGGUUCCGAUACAAGCAUGCUGGUGACAAAAUAUGUCACAGGUUCAGAUACAAGCAUGCUGGUGACAGAAUAUGCCACAGGUUCAGAUACAAGCAUGGUGGUGACAGAAGAAUAUUUUCGGGGGGGGGGGUAA